AUGGCAGAAGUGAGUAACAAGCAGGUGAUACUGAGGGAGUAUGUCACUGGCUUUCCCAAAGAGUCAGACUUGUACGUGAAUAGCACAGCUACUAUCAAGUUGAAGCUUUCUGAGCCUGGGCAUGAGGGUUCUUCAAGGAAACUAGUUCUAGUGAAGAAUCUUUACUUGUCUUGCGAUCCCUACCAACGACUAUUUAUGGAAAGAAUCGAAGGCCUCAGCAGCCAAUCCACUUCCUCCUAUACGCCUGGCUCUCCAAUAUAUGGGUAUGGAGUGGCUAAAGUUUUGGACUCUGGGCACCCAGAUUUGAAGGCAGGUGACUUAGUUUGGGGGACUACCUACUGGGAAGAGUACAGCCGAAUCCCUGCACCCGAAGGCCUGAUCAAAAUCCAGCACACUGAUGUACCUCUAUCCUAUUAUACUGGAAUUCUUGGUAUGCCUGGUUUGACCGCUUAUGUUGGUUUCUACGAAAUUUGUUCUCCUAAGAAAGGAGAACAUGUCUUCAUUUCAGCAGCAGCUGGUGCUGUUGGUCAGCUUGUUGGACAAUUUGCAAAAUUAAUGGGUUGUUAUGUUGUUGGAAGUGCUGGCAGUAAGGAAAAGGUUGAUCUAUUGAAGAAUGAGCUUGGAUUUGAUGAGGCUUUUAACUAUAAAGAAGAGGCUGACUUGAAUGCGGCUUUCAAAAGGUAUUUCCCAGAAGGCAUUGAUAUUUACUUUGAGAAUGUUGGAGGCAAAAUGCUAGACGCAGUGCUCCUCAACAUGAGAGUCCAUGGCCGCAUUGCUGUAUGUGGAAUGAUCUCACAGUACAAUCUUGAUCAAGCAGAAGGGGUAACAAAUUUGAUGCACCUCGUGUACAAACGUAUCCGCCUCCAUGGAUUUUCAGUAAGAGAUCACUAUCACCUCCAUCCGAAAUUCAUGGAGUUUAUGCUGCCUUACAUUAGGCAAGGAAAGAUUGUUUAUGUGGAAGACAUAGCUGCAGGCCUUGAGAGUGGUCCAAGAGCGCUGGUUGGACUUUUUAAGGGUCUUAACUUUGGAAAACAAGUAGUUGACGUCUCAGCAUGA